UGACGUUUAACGAGUCAACGUAAUUUCAACAAUAAACAACAACUGCUAGCGAGUUAGUUUUGGUUGGUGGUACCACAUAUCAAAAGAUUUUUCCUUAAAUUUGACAAAUACAAAAAUUAAAGACAACUUUACAAAUGGCUUCUACGGCAGUACCACCUUCAGCUCCUCCACCACCAACACCACCAGCUGCUCCAGCUAAAGUAGGUUUACCUUCAAAAAUUUACAAUGGCUUAAUAGGUGCCGUUGACAAACAUGUGCCUGCUAAAUUACGUCCUUUAUGGAAUCAUCCAGCUGGUAAGUCCCAAACUGUAUUCUUUUGGUCACCUAUGUUCAAAUGGGGUCUUGUUGUGGCCGGCUUAAGUGAUUUGGCACGUCCCGCCGAAACUCUAUCAGUUUCACAAUGUGGUGCCUUAGCUGCGACCGGCAUAAUCUGGUCGCGUUACUCUUUAGUGAUUAUACCCAAAAAUUGGGGUCUAUUUUCGGUGAAUUUAUUUGUGGCCAUGGUACAAUCCGUACAAUUGGGACGUGCCUAUUUGUAUCAAAAGGAAAAAUCUGAAAAAGAAGCGGCAGCAGCAGCAGCAGCUGCUUCACCCAAUACACCCGCCUUAGAAGCUGCUAAAAAAUAAAUUAGUGAAAUUUUAUUUUUCUAACAAAACCAUAUGGAAUUUAGUUUGUAUGUAGUGUGAAAGGAAGAAACGUCGAGUCGAGGUGCUAAAACGUAAAGUAAAUAAACGUUUUUAAAGUGAUAUUUUAAAUAUUUACAUUAGAAAACACGUUUUUAACUUCUCUCCUCAAAUCAACUUGAUAAGUUUAUUAACAAAAUAGCACAAUUUUUGUUUUUUAUAUAUAUUUUAUAUAUAUAAAAGAAAUCUGUAAUAAUUAAGUUAUCCAUUAGUUAUUAAUUGUACAAUCUCCUUUUUUUUUUGUUUAUUUUUGUAAUUUUCUUUUUAUUUUAUCCACCAAAAGAUGCCUCUAUUGACCAUUCUUGUUCAAAGAACUAAUUAUUAUAAAUAUGUAAAUUGUUUAUCUUUAAGGGGAGAUUCUUAUUUGGGAUUAACAAACAAAAAAAAAAAACAAAUCGAUAAUAAGUUUAAAGAUGUAGUAGGUUUAAACAAAACAAAUUAACAAAUUAUUUAAAUAACAAUUUAAUUGUGUUUUAAAAUAAAAAGGCUGUAAAAAGUUUUAACAAAAAAAAAAAAUA